AUGACCAUAAAGACCGCUUCGAGCUCUGUCGCCGGACAGACCAUGAGAAAGCCCGGCCUGCAUCCCCUGGUGUAUGUCCUCCUAAUAUGGACCGCCAUCAUCUCCAUCAUCCAGGUGGCGUUCAUCACCUUCUUCUUCACUGUGGGACGAAACGGCCAGUGUACAAACAGUAGUGCUGUAGAUCCAAAGAAAAUGCAAUCCCAGCAGCAAUCCGCAGAUGGACUUCUGUUAGGAAAAGGCAAAAUGGUCACCUUCAAAGCUCGAAAAGGCAACGAUGACAUUUUGUGGUUUACAGAAAAUUCAAAUCCAGGCCUGAUCUCAGAGGAAGGAUACAGUCUCAAAAUAAUAUCGGAUGGGUAUUAUUUCCUAAAUCUUCAGGUGACACUCAGGUUGGACGAUCAGCUACGGGUCCCUGACAAUUUGAUCCCUAGAGUGACACUGAAGUUGGAUGAAAAAGUUCUGCUGGAGGGUGAGAUUAACAGACACACGAGAAGCACAGGCCUGCUGGGCAAGGUAGUGGUUCUCGCUGCUGGAGGGCAGCUGAAGGUCAGCAUUGACCCACCUACGGACAUUGAUAAAAGCGAGUCUAUGACCCAUCUUGAUAUCAUCUUCAUGGAGAGGCCUUAGAUUUAAUUCCUGUGCAAGUCUAUGUGGAAUGUACAUCUGUGGACUUCCCCCCCAGCUAACCUGCACUGAUGCAAUGAAGGUUAAAGUUACGUUCAUCUUUCAGGUGUCAGAGAGUGGAUUUGUCAAAGAGAAUCGAUCAAACAGAUGAAUUCAACAAAUAAGAGCGGCUAUAUUUUAAAUUCCACUUCACUAGAAAGAAAGUUCACCUUUAAACAGGACUUAUAGUGACGUCUGUCCAGUCCAGCUACUGUGUCCUGAAAUAGUAUGAGGAUGGCACCAUCACUACAAAUCUGUUUGACAUCUGUUAUGCUUAAGGAAACACUUAAAACCCGAUCACUAUAGUACUUUAGAAAUGCUAUAGAUGUACUAUAGAUUUUCCCUUGUGUAUUCACCAGUUGGAAGAUCAGACCAGAUUUUUUUCGAAUCUUCUCAAACAGAAAACUGUUUAGAGGAUUU